UCAAAUUUGCAUACCAUAGUGCUUACGAAGUGAAACUACAUAUUGUCUCAAACAUCAUUUGCAAGGUACAACAGCUACAUCACAAAACCCUACCUAGUUAGUUGAACAAAAUCAAAGCAACAAAAAUAAUCCUCCUCCGAGAUGAAAUUUAGCCACUAAAACUUUUCCAUGUCAACAAUGUUUUAUAUCUAUAUUUCAAACAAAUAAAAUAAUAACAAUAAUAAAUCAAAAUCAAUCUAUGUUUUCUCCAUUACAUCAAACACAUGUUGAAAAAAAAAACAUUGAAGGAGUAUCACUCGUGUUAGUGAUGGUGUCUAUAUCAAGGAGAUGCACCACAAAGUGCAAUAUCACUAUUGAUAAAACCAAAUUUUUCUUUCUUUUUUGUUCUUCUUAUUCAACAAAACGCGCUCUCCAACUCAUAUAUCAAAUAAACCAAGCUGUUUUACACCCUAAAUCCUUCACACACCAUAGUUAAUCCAUAACUGGUUUGCACUUUCAUCUCUUAACUUUCAAAUCCUUCUCCAGCUAUCAUAUUUUUCACCCUUGAAUCUUAUAAUAUAUAAAUAAAUGGCUUCAACCGUUUUCUUCAACUACCAACUGUCACAACCCUUCACACCAUGUCUGAAAACACUACAACUUAUGCAUCCUCGUCUUCAUCGGGGAAAGUUUUGUCUGGUCGUCAUCCGGUGUACCGAGGAGUGAGACGUAGGAGUAAUGGAAAAUGGGUAUCUGAAAUCCGCGAACCUAGAAAACCUAAUAGAAUUUGGUUAGGAACAUUUCCGACACCUGAAAUGGCAGCUACUGCUUAUGAUGUAGCUGCUCUUGCUCUUAAGGGUAAAAAUGCUAUAUUGAAUUUCCCUAAUUCUUCUUCUUCUUUGCCUGUGCCUGAGUCUUCCUCUGCUCGUGAUAUACAGACAGCUGCAGCUUGUGCUGCAGCUGCUGUAGGCGCAGCAGAGGAUGCACUCACAAGUAAUAUUAAUGAGGGAAAUAAUAAUCAUGCAGCAAUGGCGCCGCAGCAUGAGUUUGUUGCAAGUGCGAAUGAGAACAACAAUGUUAACCAUGAGUUUGUUGAUGAGGAUUUGAUAUUUGAUAUGCCUAAUGUUUUGGUUAAUAUGGCUGAAGGAAUGCUUCUAAGUCCUCCUCGUUUUGACUUUGCAAGUGAUGAGUAUGAUGCACAAGAAAAUAAUAUGUGUGAUGAUUCAAACCUUUGGAGUUAUCCUUAUUUCCCAUAAGAUAUAAACAAUGCAUGAAUGAAUCUUAAAAUAAUUAUAAUCAUAAUAGAAAGGUAAGAUGUAAUAAAAUAAAUGGGAGAACUCUCACAUCAGGAUUUUGCUUAGACAUGAGGAAAUGCAGUACUAGUGAUGUGUGUGUGGAAGUGGAAUUGUGCCUUUCUUUGCUUCUUUUGUUCGUUUAUUCAACCUUAUGUACAUUAACUAAUUAGGUACAUUCUAUAUUAAUUAAGGUUUGCUUGCUGCUGCACCUUAAAUAUAUAUGUAAUGUAUAUAUUGUCAUGUAAUGUGUUAAUUAAAUAAUCUUUUGGG